GAAUAGAGACUGUCAGCAGUAGAAGUUGCUAGUAAUAUGCCUAACAUAGCUGCCUUAAAGUUGGGACUUGGAUUACCCAUGGGAAAACUGGAUUAUCCGCUGAGCAGUCUUCUGCGGCUGGAUCAUUUGGCGCUGCAGCAACAAAUCAAUGCAAAUUUCAUCUUACAUUCGAUUACGAACUAUAAAAAAUCACCUUUCGAACGCAAGACUCUGGUAUUUAUUGACAAAAAGUGGCAGGGUCUUCAGUUGCUGUGGCACGAGUUCCAGCUUCGGGACAAGCAAAUAAGACGGGACUACAAGAACACGGAGCCGCAGCAUGGAUACUUUCAGCAGGAGCUGUACGCGCUCAUCCAUGAGAAAUAUAUGGCGGCCCGUGGUCGGAUAAGCCGCGACAAAAGGAAUCUGCUCAAAUGCACAGUUUCCCAGGCGGAACAUGUUUGCUGAGAC